UAUUCAAUGUAGGAAUAAAACGAUUAAGUAUCCCAGUAUGACAGCAUGUCAACACUGUUUCACAUUUGUGUUUGGAUUUUCACUCUCUGUCAUUUAAGUGUUUUGGAUUUGAUUGUUUGUAUAGUUUCAGAGGUCUGACGGUUUAAAAUAAAGCAAUUAAAAAAAAAAAAAAAAAACAGAAAUGAAUUCAGACGAUGACGAUGAUGAUCUCGUACUGCAAUGUCUAUACGAUGAAUUUACAUUGCUUGAAGUGGUUAUGGAAGGUGACUUCGAAAGUGUACAGAGCAUACUUGAUGAUAACCCUACAGUUGAUGAAUUGAAUGAAAGGGACAGGACAGGAAAGACCGCACUGGCACAUGCAUGUUUUAGUGGCUAUCUGCCGAUUGUUGAAGUUUUGUCUGAAGUACCGGGGGUGGAUGUAAACUUAGCAGACAAAGAAGGCAACACACCGCUAAUAUUUGCAUCUCAAGCAGGAUAUAAAGAAAUACUAAAAGUAUUAUUGAAUGAUUUCCGAAAAAUAAAAGUCGAUCAGAAAAGUAAAGCUGGAUUUACGGCUUUGAUGAAGGCUGCAAUACAAGGACGUACAGCAUGUGCAAAACUCAUAUUAUUCGCAGGUGCUAACCCUCGUCUCCGUGAUAACGGCAGAAAAUUAACAGCAGAGGAAUGGGCAAGGUUUACAAACCGACAUGAAUGUGCUGAUGAAAUUGCUAAAUUUACAAAACUAAAACGGUGUCUCUUUGGUGGAAGUAAAAAAAUCCACAAAAGGUCAAAUAGUGAACCGGACUUAAUAAUUGCAGCAGAAAAAUGUAAAGAAUGCAAACCUAUACAAAGACAGAAAUCUAAAUCGUUCCGAAAGAAAGUUAAGAAAUUCAUUCCAUGGAGUAAUGACUCGUCUCCAUCCCUUAAAGACCAAAACCCUUUUGAAAUUAUAGCACGAUGUGUGUCAACACCUGUACUUCCGGGUGGCCUUGCGCCGACAGUGGCGCAACCUAGACUCAAACGCCCUGUCAGUGUUGAUCAUAUCCCAAGAGUUGAAAUUACCUCACCGAUUGAAAAAGGUUAAUGAAUAUUAUGCUACAUACUUUUUUUAAUGGAGUAUCGCCUAAAGAAACAAAACAGCUACAUGUAUACUCUCAGGGGCGGAUCCAGAAUUUUCGAAAGGGGGUAUAAUUCCCGAAAACUGAAUAUAUAUUUAGACUUUUUUUGUGGACGAAUUUAUGCUUAACAAUUGCAAUUGUAUACAUCACGAGACACAUGAGAUCAUUUUACCAACUCUACGUACUUUCCGUGGAUCCGCUACCGAAUCUCCAGGUAUUGUUACUGGAUGACAUAUCACAAGCUAUUUGUCAGAUUUGUUUUUUUUUUUUAGAUAUGUCUAUUAAUAAAUUAGAUGUAUUUUUA